AUCUUUGCAGGAAGUUCUAGGGAACCAAUCAAGGAUGCAAGUCGUCACUUCCUCCUCCGGUUUCGUGUGAGUUAGCUAGGCAAGGUAGCUAACAAGCUGCUAAUAGUGUCCCUUUAUGAUUGUGCGUGUGAUAUUUUUGGAGAUUGUAUCUAAAAUGAAAACCAAACGUUUAAUGUCUGGCUGAACUGUUAAAGAGAUAUCGUAUUGCGUCAGAGACCCCUUCAAGUGAAAUUUGUUAGCCACAUGCUAGCAAGCGUUGGCUAAUUAUAUUCAGUUUACAUCAUGGCAAGUGCAGCAAAUACAAACCUGAACGCAGUCCGGGAGACUAUGGACGUGUUGCUGGAGAUCUCCAGGUUGCUGAACACAGGUUUGGACAUGGAGUCUCUGUCCAUAUGUGUGAGACUGUGUGAGCAGGGCAUCAACCCAGAAGCUUUGUCUGCCGUCAUCAAAGAACUGCGUAAAGCUUCUGAAACCCUCAAGGCUUCUGAAAACUGCACUAACUGAAGUUGCAGGCUGAUCACCUCAGUUGGAACUUUAAUGGGAUCUUACCCCGUUCCUGGAUCUGUACCUACCAUGGGCUCUCCAACCAAUCAGACCUGCAUGUGCGUCUUCACUCUGUCCUCAGCGCCUCCUCUGUGACUGACUGCUCCUGUCCUGUGCUUUUGGCUUGUGUUUGAGGUUUUGUGUGGAGGUAUCAAACUCAGUCCUCUUCCGAAACGCAAGUCGCAAUGGGGCGUGCUCAGCCGUUCGGCCUCGGAUUUGCUUGCAAGUUUCUCGUUUUUGUAAAGUGGGAGUUCAUAGUGGUAUUAGCAUUGACAUCCUGCCUUAAUUUAAGAGCAUUCUUCAAAUUUCUGAUAGUCGAUUUAUGUUGCACUUUCCAUGAGAAAAUGUUUUUUAUGAUGUUUUGAAAUAUCUGAAUUGUUUUUAAUUUUUUUGUAAGCAUAAUGCUUAUUUUCAGCUUAAUCCUUUUGGCAUUUCCAUUGUCCAUGUAACCAUCAAUGAUGGAACAAAGUCUAAAUUAAAAUGUUACAGUCAACGGCCACAA